AGCAGUUAUCGAUAACCGAUAGUCAGAUACCUGGGGUGAACGGCAAAAGGAGGCCGAGAAUUUUUCUAUUCGUGUUUUUUUUUGGAACCGGAUAACUAUUUGUUUCUGUCUCAAUGCACAGAGACUUGGAGUCGGGGAAAAAGUUUAACCAGCUUCGCAUCCUGUUAGAAUUGUGGUAACCAAGUAAGAUGUGCUCACAUAGACGGUUCAGCUAAAUGGCAAAAGGCCAAAAUGCAAACACUGAAUAUAAUUACCAUCGAUUCGCAUUAGAUAUGGAUUCUCGAUAUGGUCGCAGCUUCUCUGGCGGCAAUGGAAACGGCAGCGAAUCGGGCUACAGGCGCUACACUCGCUCCCGUUCCCGGUCCCGCUCCAGGGAACGAAGUCGGGACCGCAAUGAGUACAGACGUCGCAACUCCCGUUCCCGCAGUCGGGAGCGCUCCUCCCACUACAGACACGAUCGCAGUCCGGAUCGCGAUCUCUACCGCGAUCUGAUCAACGAGGACUACGAGGAUCAGGGUAGCUACAGCUCGAGGCACAGCGUUGACCACCGCCAGCAUCACAAGGAGGACAACUACGAUCGUCGGGAUGCUGAUAGCCAGGGUCGCAGGGAUCAUGAUAGCUACAGCAACCAUGACCGUCGUGAACAAAACAGCUACGAUAAGCGUGGCCAGGAUAAAUACGAUAAGGACCGCGAUCAUCGCUGGAAAAACUACGAUCGGGCUUCAAAGGAGCGCAACCAUGAUGACUUCGAUCGAGGAUCUGAGCGCAGCAGCCGCAGCAAUGACCAUCGGCAGUUCAACAACAAUGGAAAUAGCAACUCCAGCAGCAGUAAUAGAGAUCGCGAGAGGGAGCGCGAACGCGAGAGACAGUAUUCCUCGGAUGAGGACAGCGACAUGGCCAACGAAUUCAGGCAGAAAGGUGGCCAAAACAGCAGCGUGGAGCCCUUGAACAACAUAAUCAUCUUUGGUCUGAGGAAGCACGUCACGGAAGCAGACAUCAUGGGCGAGCUGAUCAAGGUCGACAUGGAGCCCAGUUCGAUUCGCGUGAUGAGGAAACAGCCAACAGGUGCCUCACGCUGUUUUGCAUUUGUCGAGUUUAAAACCGUUGAGGAGGCGAGACAUUGGAUGGAGUUAACCCAGGGUGUCCUCCAGCUGGGCGAUCAUCGUGUCACCAUGCAGUACAGUCACACUCGCAUCUCGGAUUGGACUUGCGUUAAGUGUGGGGCCAGCAACUUUAAGCGCCGCUUUCUAUGCUACGUGUGCAGCUCCUCGCGGGCGGAGAGCGAGAAUGCUCUUUCGGGAGCCGGCGAGGGCGUCGACGAGAUCAGCCGCAUCCUCACAAAAAAGAUCAUGCUCCGCGGCUUGGACGCGCUGACAAACGAGGAGGGCGUGCUCACUGCCCUUCAGCAGCGCCUUCCCGACCUGGCCAAAACAGUCAGCAAGGUGCUGAUCAGUCGCGACUCCCUAACCCAGGCAUCUCGGGGCAUUUGUUACCUCAAUUUUGACACACUCAUUGAUUCUAUGAACGUGUUUAAUGGUCUGACGGCGUUGGAUCCGCCACUCACUCUGGACGACAAAACUGUUGACGUCACCUACUGCAUUGACUCCGAAAAUCGUCAAACGGUGCCAGCCGAGGCCAACUUAUUUAGAUCAGGUGAAUCAGCGAUGCCUCCGUCUGCCGUUACAGCGAGCUACACUUUGGCGGAUGUUCCUCGUCUCGCGGAGUACAGUGCAUCCGUAUAUGCCUCUAAUCCGCUGGAGCAUGCCCACUACGUUCAGUACUAUACGGAUUAUUACACGACUGAAAUAAGCAAGAACAUCGGAGAUCCUCACGUGACGGAGGCCAACUCCGGAGCUGCCGUGGCUCUCUCGGCCAUCCAGCGCAAGCAGAGGAAGGUUAGCCAGAUGGAGACCGUGGUUACCGUGCCAGAGGCGAAGGCCGCCUUCCUUGCCAGGGGCGCAACUGCUCCCAAGGGUAACGAUGGAAAGAAAUACGCUACUCCCGAUGUUUCCAAGUACCAGUACGACGAGACCUCCGGCUACUACUACGACCACGUCACGGGUCUCUACUAUGAUGCUCACUCGCAGUACUACUACAACAAUGAGACGGGUUCGUAUCUGUACUGGGAUCAGAAGAGGAGCACCUAUGUGCUGGCCACACCCGCUUCCACACAGGCAGCCCUCCAGGAAGUAAUAACUGAUGCCGAGAAAAAGGAGGAGGCGGCCAAAAAGGCAAAGGAGAAGGAAAAAGAAAAGGAGGAAGCCGGCAAGCCCGACAAAGUGAAGGUGGCCAAGAAGAUCGUCAAGGACAUGGAGAAGUGGGCCAAGCACCUGAACCAGAGAAAAGACUACACAGCAGUGGCCACACCGCAGCCCAUCCUGUCGGAUACUGAGACUCCCACCACCUCCCGUGCUUCCCAAGGGGCAUAUGCUGAUGUGGGAUUCUCAAUCCUUGAGAAAAAAGAGCGCGGCAAGCUCAACGACUAUGCACCGCAGGCAGGACCCCCAGCGAUUAGCAAAUUGGUCGGCGCGUAUGGAGGACCUUCCAAUUCGGAAGAUGAUAAUGGUGCCACUCAGAAAGCCCUCGAAGCAAGUGGUGGGGCUAGACGAGGCGUUGCCGAUGAAUCGGACUACGUGGAUUUCCAGAAGCUUACUUGCCUGCUCUGCAAGCGUGCCUUCCAAUCGCUGGACAUCUUGCAGAAGCAUUUAAAAAUGUCCAAUCUGCACAAGGAGAAUCUGGCCAAGCUUAAGCAGAAUUCCGUAGUCGAGGCUGGCAUGGAUGAGGGUCUAUCCUAUCGUGAUCGUGCCAAGGAACGCCGGCUGAAGUACGGAGAGAGCGAUCCGCCUCCGCCGAAUAAGAGCCGGGAGCGUUUCGAGCAGGAGAUAAAGACUUUGCAGUCGCGCCAGAAGGAUUCUUCUGGCGCUACUCCAGCCAUGCCCAUCAGUUCGAGCAACGUGGGCAGUCGUCUGAUGCAGAAGAUGGGUUGGUCGGAGGGCCAGGGAUUGGGCAGAAAGAACCAAGGACGCACCCAGAUCAUAGAGGCUGAUGGUCGUAGCAACAAUGUGGGGCUGGGCAACAAGUCUGGCCACUUGACGCCUGGAAACGACUACAAAUCCUACAUCAAAAAGAUGAUGAAGCAGCGCUAUGAGAACGCCUGAGACUCUUCUUGAAGUGUAUGAUUUU